AUGCGAGAUCAUUCUCCGGAUGUUGUAGGAUUCGUUAAAACCCGUAUAAGUAAACAUGUCGCUGACAGAGUUAUUGCUCAACUUAAAAUUCCGAACUCUUUUAGAGUAGAAGCUGAUGGUUUUUCUGGAGGCAUUUGGAUCUGUUGGUAUGAUCACAUUCAAAUAGAUGUUCUUUUCAAUCACUUUCAAUUCGUCCAGUGCAGAAUCCACUGUAAGUCCAACAACCAUUCCGCUCUCGCUACUUUUGUUUACGCAAGUCCAAACCCUGCCAAAAGGAAAACUCUUUGGUCUUAUCUCCAAUUACUCUCCAAUCAUAUUAACGAGCCUUGGGUUAUCCUAGGCUAUUUUAAUGCAGCAUUAUCUCCAAAUGAUCGAAAAGGUUGUGUUAGUAUCCCUGUAUCGGAUCAAGAUUUCAGUAAUAUUGUCUUUGAUUCAAGUCUACAUAAUCUUGGUUAUCAAGGACCUGACUUUACUUGGUAUAGAGGACCCUGUGCCGUUCGCCUCGACCGAUGCUUAUGCAACGACAAAUGGCUUGAUGCAUAUCCUGAUACAUUGGUUUAUCACCUUCUCAGAAUGAAGUCCGACCAUAGACCACUUUUACUCUCUAUUGGCAAAAACUCCAAUAAGCGGCAUCAAAGUCAAUUUCGAUACUUUGUGGGAUGGACUCUCCACAAAGAUUUCCAUAAACUUGUGCUCGAUAACUGGGAUUCUUCACUUCUAAUUACACAAGCUAUCUCUAAAUUCAGUAGCGCUGCCAAAAUCUGGAACCAACACUCUUUUGGGCAGCUUUCUCACCGCAAGCGCAACAUUAUGGGGCGUCUAAGGGGCAUCCAACGAUAUCUGGAUAAAAAGCACAGUGCUUAUCUCUUGCAACUUGAGACUAAGCUUCAAGCUGAACUUGAAUUAAUCCUUGAUCAAGAGGAGCUCUUAUGA